AGAAAAUAGCUUUUUGAUCGAUCGUUAAAUCCUAAGAAUGGAUCUCAAGUCGCCGGAAUUUAUCAUUGACCAGCCGCUUCACAUAUUGGGAUUCGUGUUCGAAGAGCUCACCGCCACCAGAGUUUCUGGCCACCUCACCGUAACUGACAAAUGCUGCCAGCCGUUCAAGGUCUUACACGGCGGCAUAUCCGCUCUGAUCGCCGAGGCACUCGCCAGUCUCGGCGCCGGAAUCGCCUCUGACUAUAAACGGGUCGUCGGUAUCCAUAUCUCCAUUCACCAUAUCCGACCUGCUGUCCUCGGCGAUUCCAUCUUUGCCGAAUCUUUUCCGGUCUUCGUCGGCCAAAAAUAUUCAUGUACUUAACCUACCUAAACAUACACUGUAUGGGAGGUCCGGUUAUGGAAAACCAAGAAAACCAAGGAACAGGACAAGAAGAUAAUGGUAUCAACAUCCCGGGUUACUCUCUUCUGCGGUGUACCUAUACCGGAGCAUGCUAAGGAUGCACCAGAGCAUUUGAAGAAGUUUGUAUCCAAAUUGUAA